CCUGACCUCGACCAACAACGGCCUGAUAUCGAAGAACACUCUUAAAUCCCUAAAAGAAAAAAAAAAAAAAAGAAAAAAAAAAACAGAGAUUGAGAACAAAAUCGAAUUCCUCUGUUUCAGGAUAUCAAGUGAUAUAGCAAUCUAAUGACUUCCUCAAAAUCUCAUUACAAGGAGAAGAUUGCUCGUCGGAGGGAGGAGAAAUCAGAGGAAAUCGAUAACCCAAAGUACAGAGACCGUGCUAAAGAACGAAGAGAGAAUCAAAAUCCUGAUUAUGAUCCUUCGGAGCUUGGUUCUUUCCAUGCCGUUGCUCCUCCCGGAGCCGUCGAUCUCCGUGCUGCUGAUGCACUAAAGCUAUCUAUUGAGAACAGCAAGUAUCUUGGAGGUGAUGUUGAGCAUACCCAUUUGGUUAAGGGAUUGGAUUAUGCUCUGUUGAACAAAGUACGAAGCGAAAUCGUCAAGAAACCUGAUGGUGAAGAUGAUGAUGGCAAGACUAGUGCGCCUAAAGAAGUUCAACGUGUUACUUUUCGUACCGCAGCUGCAAAGUCAGUUUACCAGUGGAUUGUUAAGCCUCAAACUAUCAUCAAGUCUAAUGAGAUGUUCCUUCCUGGUAGAAUGACAUUUGUCUAUGAUAUGGAGGGUGGCUAUACUCAUGACAUACCAACCACGUUAUAUAGGAGUAAAGCUGACUGCCCCGUGCCCGAGGAACUGGUCACAGUCAAUGUUGAUGGUUCUGUACUAGAUCGAAUUGCUAAAAUCAUGUCAUACCUUCGCCUUGGAUCAUCAGGGAAAGUUCUCAAGAAGAAGAAGAAAGAAAAAGAAAGUAAAGGAAAGACUUCAACUAUUGCUAAUUAUGAUGAAGACAAUAAUCAAUCUAAGAUUGAGAAUGGAUCUUCUGUGAACAUAAGUGAAAGGGAAGAUUUACCUCCUCCUCCGCCAUUACCGCCUGUGAUCAACCAUCUGGAUUUGAGUAAGAAACAAGAAGAACCCCCUGUUGCAAGGACAGACGAUGAUGACAUAUUUGUUGGUGAAGGCAUCGACUACACGGUUCCUGGUAAAGAUGUGAUGCAGAGUCCUAUUUCUGAGGACAUGGAAGAAUCUCCCAGGGAUAAGGAGAGAGUACCUUAUUUCACUGAGCCUGCUUAUGGUCCGGUGCAGCCAUCUGCUGGUCAAGAAUGGCAAGACAUGAGCGUAUAUGGUCCAAUGCAAACUCAGGGACUGGCUGCCGGGUAUCCUGAAGAGUGGCAGGAUUACCAAUAUGCAGAGCAAAUUGGGUAUCAAGAUCAGUACCUUCCGCCUGGAAUGGAGGGUUACGAUGUCCAACCAGAAACAGAUAUUUUACAAGAUCCCCAACUCAUGUCUCAGGAAGAGAAAGAUAGGGGUUUGGGAUCAGUGUUCAAGCGUGAUGACCAAAGGCUUCAACAGUUGAGGGAGAGUGACGCACGGGAGAAAGAUCCAACUUUUGUAUCGGAGAAUUAUUCAGAGUGUUACCCAGGUUACCAAGAGUACAACCAUGAGGUUGUCGGGAGCGAUGAAGAAGCUGAUUUGUCUAAAAUGGACAUGGGUGGAAAGGCAAAGGGGGGUUUACAUCGAUGGGACUUUGAGACAGAAGAGGAAUGGGAAAAAUAUAAUGAGCAGAAGGAAGCGAUGCCAAAAGCAGCGUUCCAAUUUGGGGUAAAGAUGCAAGAUGGUCGUAAGACGAGGAAGCAGAACCGUGACCGUGACCAGAAGCUCAAUAACGAACUUCACAAGAUUAAUAAGAUACUUACGAGAAAGAAGAUGGAGAAAGAGGGUGGGGAUGUUGCUUCUUUGGAUGCCGUCGAUGUACAGACUCCCAAGAGAUCCAAGCAUUGAUUCUGCCUUAUCGCUUUGGCUUUCUUCUAUUCUAGUCUUUCUCUCGGAAUCUAUUUUGUAUCUCCAAGUCUAUUUAUUAGUUUAAAAGAAUUUUACAUCCAACUGUUUACUUCCCAACUCGUUUUACUAGAUCAAAUGAACUGUAGUUUCUAAAAGGAAAUAUGCAAAAUAAUCUUCAAAAUGACAACUAAAGUCAUCUUUAUGUUA